AUGACCAGAUACGAAGCAAAUAAGAAAAGACCCUGCGUCAUCUACUCCUUUGGGGUAAACGACGAUUCUGCCUUUGAAAACUCCGUGCUCUCCCGGACGAACUGCGAGAUCUGGGGAUAUGACUACUCGGUGAACUCCUGGGCCGUAAGCCUGGACCACUCGUUCCUCCCGCGCGCGCACUUCACCAAGGCCGGCAUCUCCAAUAUCACAAACACCGAUCGUUCGCCGCCGUUUUAUUCCGUCAAGGACUUGAUGAAGCUGAAUGGCCAUGAUUACAUCGACAUCAUGAAAAUGGACAUUGAGGGAUCGGAAUUCGACGCCCUUGGCGCAUUUUUGUCUGAUUUCCAGGAUGGGGACCUACCAGUCGGCCAGCUCCUGGUCGAAGCGCAUAUGAUGGAAACCAAGCCCACGACUACAUUCGGACUUCCAAAAUCUUUAGCAGAGUGGGUUGAAUUCUGGGAGUCGCUGGAGGCUCGCGGUCUCAGAGAAGUCUCGGUUGAGCCCAACCUGCUGGGGAAUACUGCGUACGGAAGUCCAGUGUUUGCUGAGCUCACUUUGAUUAAUACAGCCGAUAAGAAGUCCCUGCUUCUAACCUAG